AUGACAAACGCCAGUUUCCUCGAUUACCGAAUGCCGACCUGCUUGGAUUUACCUAUGAUUGAUGCCGUCAUCGUUGAAGUCCCGAAUCCGGGGCAUCCGUAUGGUGUGCGUGGCGUCGGCGAAGUGCCGAUUAUACCACCGCCUGCUGCGAUCGCCAAUGCUAUCUACGAUGCUAUCGGCGUUCGGAUGACAGAACUCCCGAUGUCCCCUGACCGGCUUCUGAAAGCGAUGGGCAAAAUCUAA